GCGAUAUUUCGAAUAAAUUUUUAAACGAUAUUAAAAAUAAAAUGAUGUGAAAACUGUAAAAAUGUGCGCGUGCGCGCGUCUUUGUUCGUGUAUGAGACAGGGAAAGAGAGAAGGAGCAAACAGCCGAAAAAAUGAUAAAAUGGAGUCGAACCAUGGACAGCAGGGAGUAAGCGCGUUGGAAAGAGGGUAGUAAAUCGCACUACUGAGAAAAGCUGGGUUUGCUUUAGUUAAUAGUCGCGAGUAGGUCGACGCAUGCUCCGAAAGAUUUCCCCGGGGUGAUGUUCAGUCGGGCAAACCGAGACGAGCCAGCAGGCCAGCAGCCAAGGCUGGCAAACGUUCGAUCGUUACGAAGCGAAUCAGUUGGCUAGCCGGGCGUACCGCGAACACCACAAUUUGGAAUAUGUAUUAUAUCGAUCGCUGUCCUUUCCACCUACGUACGGUUCGCCUUUUUUAACGAAUAAUUUAAUAUUCGUACAGUUAAUAGAAAUAUUAAUUGGUUUGCCGAGAAAUGUACGGAUGCGAAGAAAGUAAUCGUUAAAAGUAAUAUUGUACUUAUCAUCGAACGUUUAUCGUGGUCAAAUGAAACUGUUCGUCGUAGAAAGCUUUAAAAGUUAAUCGCGAUUUCAAAGAGAACUCGUUAGGUUCGCGAAUCGAAUCGAAUCGAAUCGAAUCGAAUCGAGUCAAGUCAAUGACAAUACAACUAACUGUUUGGAUGCAUAAUCACAUCGAAUAGUCUGGACCGAUCCGAUCCGAUUCGAUCCAACUCGACCCAACUGAACCCAACCCAACCCAGUAUCCCUCGUAAAAUGUACGUGCACCACCUGUAGCUGCUCGAUAUCAACGUUUCACGGGUCAAUCGCCUUUCAAUCGAGUUUCUCUCUUCGAACGUAAGUUAAACGAACGUUUCGUUUUCUUUCUGUUUAUUCUAUUAUGCCUGCAUAAUACAUCGGCGAGUUGUAAUGUUUGCGCAUACUUUGAGCAAAACCGGAAAAUUACAUAUUUUUCUUGACGGCAAUAAAAAUAUUUGGGUGCCGUUGAGACGGAUAACGAACAAGGAUCCGAAAGUGAAGCAAUUCUUUCUCAUCGGAACAUGACUCGAAGGAACUGUUUUCUUUCUCGCAGUAUGUUCUUAAUCGCAGAGCGCAGCAAAGAAUAACGAAACAAGUAAAGCGAAUUUUACGUUUACGUAUACUCGAUCUUUCGAUAUAUAUAUAUUCAAAGAAAAGAAAUGUACUCGUUCCGUGUAACUUCGUAAACUUAAAGAUGUUAAAAUUGCGCUUCGAAUCAUAAAAGAUUGUUUUUACGAUUACCUUUGUAAAUCGAAGUGUUUGGAUUUAAUCUCGUAAUAUAAAUUAGAGAAAAGUGAAAAAUACGAAAGGAAAAAGAGGAAAAAAGGAAGGCUGAAAGAGGAAAAGGGUAACGGAACAUAUCGGUGACAUAAGAAAGAAAAUGCGUUUUAAUGUAACGAUGUUUUACUAAUAACACGUUUUCUCGUUACAGUCUUAGCCGGAUGUAAGGGUGUUUUAGCUUUUAUCGGAGAAAGAGAGGGAAGAAAGAAUUGGUGCGAUAGGUCGCAUCGAAGCCGAUGAAAAUUCAUGGUCGCGCGAACGAUGGGUGAGAAAGAAAAUAACGUUUCUUGCAAAUGGAGUAUGGAGGAACGCGAAAAGAUUCUGGCCACGGGAACGUUAGAACAGAAAAAAGAAGCCUUUAGGGACGACGAAGAGUUAAUGAGAGAAACGACGAAAUUCGUGAGCGAAGUAAUCGAUACGGCGGCCACAGAGGCUUGUAAGAGGAAAACGCGUUCGGAGACGGGUGACGCGAACGAAGGAAGCAAAUUGAAAGCUAUCGAGAGUAUCGCCGGCUGGAAUCAUCGUGCACGUGGAUUCUGCAAUCGAAUACUGAACGCGCUCUGUCCAUGUUUCACCAAUAAUGUCCGUUCGAAGAAACACGAUUUAAUGAAAAUGGAGGAUGAAACGGUAUCGAAUAUCUAGGCACACAACAUACAUAACAUUGUACGGCACGUAGCAUCUCGUAAUUAGGCACGAUGUAGGCUUGAAAGAAUAUCGUAUAUUAUCAGUAUGUCUAUUCUUUUCAUAGAAUUAUUCGCCUGGACACCGUACCGGUAUCGCUUCACGAGACCUUCUUAAUUGCUUGCCACGUUCCAGAGUUACGAUACUGCAUUUAUCCAGCAGCAGCCAUUAGCUUGAUCAAUAAAAUGAAAAAUUGCGCGAGUACUCGUCCUGCUGAAUAACGUGAGUUCACCGAUGAUCAAAACAAAAAUAGCUCGCGAUCGACGUUCGAUUUUUUCUCGGGUUAUUCGGCGCAAGAAAUUUAAUAUAGAUUUAAUUGAUUCGAAUCGAAUCGUAUA